CCCUGAACGCUGGACUCCGAGUGCCUGGCAGGACUACACAAGAGCCGUGGCUGUGCUAGGAGUGACCCCUGUCCUCCCACUUCCUGUGUCUGGGAUGUGCUUGGAGUGUGGAAGGAGGCUUUGUGUGGCUAAAGAGCCUUCUGGGUGGGGUGGGAGGUGGUUACGUAGACAGAUGUGUGAGGAAGUCCAGGCCUGGCCCUGUGGGCUGUGGCUUGGGCUAGAAGGACAAGGGAGCCCAAUUUUGCCUUUGUCACCCCCUUUUCCCAGCUUGCCUCAGGGACAUAGGCUGAGUGUCAGCUCCACAGGGCACAAAUGACACAAGCCAGCACCGCAGAUCUGGAGCCUAGCCCGGAGCUUGUGGGACAAGAUGAGAGUGACAGUAUCUCAGGCUCCGGGACCCCGUGGAGCAUCAUGAACUGGGAAGUGUAGCUGAGCCCAAGAGCCUCCGCAAGGGGAAGGAGGAGCCAGCCACCUUCUCUCAGGACCUAACGCCCGAUCCAGUUGUCUAGCAUCUUCCUCUGCCUCUGCUCUGCCCUCACUGGCUUCUGAACAGAGACCUGGUUUCCUGCAGGAUCUUUCCCCAGGGGAUGGGCAGCUGGUGAAGGAAGUCUCAUCGCCCAGGCUCACUUGGCCACACCAUGAACCUCCAGGCCCAGCCCAAGGGUCAGACCAAGCGUAAGCGUUGCCUUUUCGGGGACCAGGAGCCAGCUCCCAAGGAGCAGCUCCCACCCCUGCAGGCCUCACAGCAGUCCCUCAGAGGGAAGGAGGAGCAGUAUCGGGGGCACGAGGCCCCCCCAGGGGCUGCUUCUACCUCUCAGCCUGUGGAUCUACCCCCUCCCAACAACCUGGCUCUGUUGAACUCUGUGGUGUACGGGUCAGAACGGGCCACAGCAGCCAUGCUGUCCCAGCAGGUUGGCUCCGUGAAGUGGCCCAACUCCGUGAUGGCUGCAGGGCGGGGCCUGGAGCGAGGAGGAGGUGGGAGUGUCAGUGACAGUGGCUGGCAACAGCAGCCAGGCCAGCCUCCACCCCACUCCACGUGGAACCGCCUGUCCCUCUACGGUGGACCCAAGGGGAGCCCUCAUCCUGGCGUGGGGGUCUCUAGCUACUAUAAUCACCCAGAGGCACUGAAGGGGAGCAAGGCUGGCGGCCCGCAGCUGGACCACUAUGGAAAUGCAAUGCGGCCCAUGAUGCCACAGAAGCUGCCUCUGGAGGUGGGGCGGGCCCCGGCCCCCUUGAACUCUUUCCACACCGCCAAGAAGACAGCAGGCCAGACACUGCCCCUGCAGCCCUUCCAGUUGGCUUUCGGCCAAGUGAACCGGCAGGUCUUCCGGCAGGGUCCACCACCUCCCAACCCCGCGGCGGCCUUCCCUCUGCAGAAGCAGCAGCAGCAGCCGCCGCAGCAACCGCAGCAGCAGCAGGCGGCCCUGCCCCAGAUGCAGCUCUUUGAGAACUUCUACCCCAUGCAGCAGCCGCCCUCUCAACAGCCCCAGGACUUUGGCCUGCCACCCACGGGGCCCCUGGGGCAGUCCCACCUGGCUCACCACAGCAUGGCCCCCUACCCCUUCCCCCACAACCCAGAUAUGAAUCCAGAACUGCGUAAGGCACUCCUGCAGGAGUCGGCCCAGCAGCCUGUGCUACCUCAGCCCCAGAUCUCCUUCCCCCGCCGCUCCCGCCGCCUCUCAAAGGAGGGGAUCCUGCCUCCCACCACCUUGGAUGGGGCUGGCACCCAACCCGGGCAGGAGCCCGCCAGCAAUCUGUUCCUACAUCACUGGUCCCUGCAACAGCCGCCACCUGGCUCCUUGGGACAGCCCCACCCCGAAGCUCUGGGGUUCCCACUGGAACUGAGGGAACCUCAGCUGCCGUCUGAUGGCGAGAGACUAGCACCUAACGGUCGGGAACAAGAAACUGCAGUGGGCAAUGAGGAGGGUUUGAGGGCAGGGGGCAAAGGGGACUGUGGGCAGAUUGUACGAAGUGGGGUGAUCCAGAGCACAAGACGGAGGCGGAGAGCAUCCCAGGAGGCCAAUUUGCUGACUCUGGCCCAAAAGGCCGUGGAGCUGGCCUCGCUGCAGAGUGCAAAGGAUGCCAAUGGCUCUGAGGAGAAGCAGAAAAGUGUAUUGGCCUCCACUACCAAAUGUGAGGUGGAGUAUUCUGAGCCUGCCUUAGCUGCCAAGCGAGCACGAGAUGAGAGCGGCAUGGUACCUCUCAUCAUCCCUGUGUCUGUUCCUGUGCGGACGGCGGAUGCAGCCGAGGUGACCCAGCUUGGCGGUGUGGACGAAGAUAGGAAGGCUCUGGAACAGAACCUCUCUGAACACAAGCCAUCUGUCAUCGUCACUCGAAGGCGGUCCACUCGUAUCCCUGGGAUGGAUGCUUCGGCUCAGGCUGAGGACCUGAAAGUUAAGUUGGAGGGGGAGCCUUCUGUGCGGAAGCCAAAGCACCGGCCACGGCCCGAGCCCUUGAUCAUCCCCACCAAAGCCGGCACCUUCAUCGCCCCUCCAGUCUACUCCAACAUCACCCCACACCAGAGCCACCUGCGUUCCCCCGUCCGCCUCCCUGACCACCCCUCAGAACGCAGCUUUGAGCUGCCCCCUUACACACCACCCCCCAUCCUUAGCCCAGUGAGGGAAGGCUCCGGCCUCUACUUCAAUGCCAUCAUAUCAACUAGCAGCAUGCCCGCCCCUCCGCCCAUCACGCCAAAGAGUGCCCAUCGCACCCUGCUCCGGUCGAACAGUACUGAAGUUACCCCGCCUGUCCUGUCUGUGAUGGGGGAGGCCACCCCUGUGAGCAUCGAGCCGAGGAUCAACGUGGGCACCCAGUUCCAAGCAGAAAUCCCCUCAAUGAGGGACAGCGCCCUGGCAGCCACAGACCCUCACAAGGCUGACUUGGUAUGGCAGCCAUGGGAGGACCUGGAGAGCAGCCAGGAGAAGCAGAGGCAAGUGGAAGACCUGCUGACAGCUUCCUGCUCCAGCAUUUUCCCUGGCGCUGGCACCAACCAGGAGCUGGCCCUGCACUGUCUGCACGAGUCUAGAGGAAACAUCCUGGAAACAUUGAAUAAGCUGCUACUGAAGAAGCCCCUGUGGCCCCACAACCACCCACUGGCAACUUAUCACUACACAGGCUCUGACCAGUGGAAGAUGGCUGAAAGGAAGUUGUUCAACAAGGGCAUUGCCAUCUACAAGAAGGAUUUCUUCUUGGUGCAGAAGCUGAUCCAGACCAAGAGUGUGGCUCAAUGUGUGGAGUUCUACUACACCUAUAAGAAGCAGGUGAAAAUCGGCCGCAAUGGGACACUCACCUUUGGGGACGUGGAUGCAAAUGAUAAGAAGUCAGCCCAGGAAGAGGUUGAAGUGGACAUUAAGACUUCCCAGAAGUUUCCAAGGGUGCCUCUUCCCAGAAGAGAGUCCCCAAGUGAAGAGAGGCUGGAGCUCAAGGGAGAGGUGAAGGAGCCCAAGAGAGAGAGGGAGGAAGAGGUACCAGAAAUCCAGGAGAAGGGAGAACAGGAAGAGGGGCGAGAGCACAGCCGGCGGGCAGCUGCUGUCAAAGCCACGCAGACACUACAGGCCAAUGAGGCGGCCAAUGAUAUCCUCAUCCUCCGGAGCCACGAGUCCAAUGCCCCUGGGUCAGAAGAUGGCCAGGUCUCGGAGAAGCCAAAGGAGGGGACAGGGAAGUCCCGAAGGGCACUACCUUUCUCAGAGAAGAAGAAGAAACCAGAGACAUUUAAUAAGACCCAGAAUCAGGAGAACACUUUCCCUUGUAAAAAAUGUGGCAGGGUGUUCUACAAGGUGAAGAGCCGCAGCGCACACAUGAAGAGCCACGCCGAGCAGGAGAAGAAGGCAGCGGCGCUGCGGCAGAAGGAGAAGGAGGCUGCGGCGGCUGCGGCCUCGCACCAGCAGGCUCGGUGGGAGGAGAGCGGUGCAGGUGAGAAGGGCUGAGGCCAGCCGGCCCCUCUCGCCGGACUCCCCAGCCAUCCUGCACUGGGGAACACAGGGGAGCAAGAAGAGGGCCCCUUGGGCUUUGCGGCAACGAAAUAAAUGGCUUUUCUUGAUAAAGGCCCCAGGAACAGUGUUAAAGGGCUGCAGGAUCCAAGGUCUCUUGGCAUCUGGUCUGUCAGAAGUUGUCCUGCUUUCCUGGAAGCUUGAGAAUCCUGGUCUCCUUGGAGUGUGGGGGGCUCUGCGGCCGCCUCUCGCUCUGACUUCUGCUGCCUUUGCUGCUGCGCAGUCUCUUCCCUCCUUUUUGCCUCUCUACCUUACCCCCUCGGUGUCCAGGAAGCCACCUUGGUGAGCCAAGCACAAGCCGAGCCCCCUGG